AUGGCUGUUCUAAACUUCCAGGUACCAGAAUAUGUGGACCGCCUGGCGCGGAAGGUACAAGCACUUAGCAAAAGCAAAGAUGCGAGCACACGAGUGUUGAUCGGCGUAUCGGGCAUACCUGGCUCAGGCAAAUCUACAGUUGGAGCCGCUAUAGCUACGCGACUUAAUGAGUUGGAAGGUACCAACAAUGAGUUUGCAGUAUGCAUUCCAAUGGAUGGUUAUCAUUUAUCGAGGGCACAGUUAGCCGCUAUGCCCGACCCUGCAACUGCCAUUCACCGUAGGGGAGCUGCUUUUACCUUCGAUGCGGAAGCCUUCUAUCGAUUGGUGCAAUCUCUUCGAGAGCCUCUGACGGCAGACUCGCCUACAGUUUACGCACCAUCUUUUGAUCAUGCAACCAAAGACCCUGUUGAUGAUGAUAUUCCCAUUUCACAAAAAUCAAGGGUUGUGAUCUUCGAGGGUCUUUAUCUGAGUCUCAAUCGCGAGCCAUGGAGUCUAGCGGCGGCGCUACUGGAUGAGUCCUGGUUUAUUGAAGUGGACCGUGAAAUUGCCCGAACUAGGCUUGCAAAGCGCCAUGUUGCUUCCGGGAUCGUUCCAGAUAUCGCAGCUGCUGAGCAUCGCAUCGACAGCACUGACUUCUUGAAUGCCGAUGACAUCAUGCAGAAUCGACUACCGAUACAGGAACUGCUGCCGGGAAAUUGA